CGGGAAACAAGGCCAGUGUAACAUUACCACAGUUUACCUUCACGAGGUUUCCCCGCGUAUUCGUCGAACCCGAAAGGGAGGAUGAAUAGCUGGGUGGGCUGCAUGCCGACAGCCCAGCUCGGGAGUCGAACCCGGGUCCGCGGAUUUGUAGCUAACCACUGCACCACGGACUAAUUUGCAGACUCAGUUACAUCAAGAUCAGCUCGUUUGAUCCAUAUGAUUGGCACUCGGGUACCUUCAAGAAAUCACCCGCCGCGCCAUCUAAACUUUGCUCUUUGGAGUGCAAUCGCGCCUUUGUCUCUUUACCAUCGGCUCUUCAGAGCGUCAACACCGCCACGCUCGCUGCUUCAGCCUUACCACCGACCACGUUUGCUAGCCCCUCUAUACGCCUCUUCAAUAGCUGAUGGCCGAUUACUAAGCCAAGUGCCAUAUUCUCAAACGCUUUCGGCUCACAACAAAUGUUUCCAAAUUCCACAAAGAUUAGUCGAGUUCUCAUUGGUGUUAUUUAUGAUUCCUGGUACAAAAGAAGGGUCAGACUACCACUAGGGUCAAAGAAGUACUCCUGGAAAUGCCCCAAAACUCCUACGAAAGUCAUGUCAAAUGUGUGAGCUUGGGUGCCGAAAUGUAUAUGAGAAGCUGGCCCGGGUCCCUACAUCUUAUAUAGGCCUACAUAGAUUAAGGAUUCUUCUACCCGUGAUUGGCCGGGCGACACAAAUCCCUUUUUCGGUGACGGAGCGUCCUGGCCAGAGACAUGUGACGGUGCUGGCGGCGGUGGUGGUGGCGGCGUGGGCGGCCUCCUGCCUGCCCGGUGCCCACGCCCUCAAGCUCUGGGUGGAUCCCCGAGGCUACUUCCAGUAUCUAAUGACGAAGGAGUGCUUUGGGGAGGAGGUCGCCUUGCAGCAGGAGAAGGAGGCGAUGCAGCACGCCGAGUACUGUGCACGCCAAGCCCAGGGGAAGGACCCUGCCAAGUCUGUGGCCACCAUCAAGCAGAACGUCAUCCAUCUCAAGGGUGACUAUGGCGGCAUCAACCACACACCAGCCAGAAGGUCACUGGUGAAUCUGCCCAGGAACCCCACGCUGGAGGCCAUGAUCUGCAACCUCCGACAAUUCAGACUGCUGACGGGUGACAACCAAGUGAACGUUACUGCGAUUGAAGACCGACUGGGGGCCAUGAAGAUAGACCCUCAGCUGAAACUUGAUCUACUUGAAUCGGCCAUCCAGUGCAGGCCCUCACUGACAGCCUCGUCCCAGCGUGAGGACAGCUCUGACAGGGCGGCCUUGCUCAGUGCCAUGCUGGCUGUGGCUCGCUACCAAGGAUGCAUUGGCAUCAAAACUCACUCCAUCUGCAAAGAGUUUGUACGUGGUCGAGUGGCCUCCAAGCUGCACCUGUAAGCAGUCAGAGAGAAGCAAAAUUCAAGCAAAGACUAUUCCAAUUAUCAGAACAAAUAUUUGAAUAUGUAACUAGGUACAACUUUCCAUAUGAAACCGUACAUUAAGGGGUGUUUCCUCAUGCAACCUUUCCUUUAUGGUCAUCAGAUUAUGAGAAAAGUAUUUUAAUAAGGUGCUGGGCGUCUGUUUUCUGUGAUUCCGCUGCUGUUUCUCAAGUCUUUCCUUUUAGGAAAAAGAUUGUGGCCACUGAAACUUAAAUGGUGUUUGCUGGAGUUAUGUGAUCAUUUUGCACCAGACAUCAAAAUGAUACCAAAUGAAAAUCCUGCAUUGCCGGGGGAGGACAAGGCAACUCCAGGUGAUUCACAAGCUGCUAAGGCGGCACAAAACAAGCCUCAAAAUGGACUUACUCACCUGAGGACAUCUGCACCUGGACAAAAAUCUGGCAGUCACAUGAAUAACCUCAAAAUUAAAAUUGCAACAAUAAACAUAUCGUCUUUCACUGGAAAGGAGGAGAAACUAAUUAACACAAUGAUAAAGAGAAAUUUAUAUGUCUUGGGACUCUCUGAAAUACAAGUGAAAGAAGAUGUCAGUUUACUCUCUGGUGGCUACAGGCUGUUACAUAAGGGCAAAGUGGCCUUCAUUUUGUCACCAGAGGCUGCUGAAAGGUCAAGAGGAGUGAUCUACAAGGGUCAAAAUAUCAUGUGUGUGGACCUGAGCUUUGAGCACACUGAACUCAGCAUCAUUCAGACGUAUGUUCCAGAUAAAGGGAAGCCUGUCCGUGAAAGGGUGAUGUUUUAUAAGGCACUGCAAGAUGUAUAUAACAUGAAAAAAUAUCGGGACAAUGUGAUCCUAAUGGGAGACUUCAAUGGCCAUGUAGGGACAGAGAGAAAAGGAAAAGAGUACAUUGUUGGGCCCUUUAGUGUUGGAAACAUAAAUGAUCCAGGAAAGCUGCUCAUUGAGUUCUGUGCCUCCAACUGUCUCUCAAUUAUGAAUACAUUUUUCAUGCAUGAUGAAAAAUUCAAGUGGACAUGGUACAAACACAAUGAAAAAUCAAUGAUUGACUUCAUGAUAUCAAAAAACAAAUACUUAUUCAGAGAUGUUAAAGCCAACCCAUAUUUGUCAUACAACUCUGAUCACAGAAUGGUGGUGGCUAAAUUAAGUGUCAAAAAGCUCCGUCAUUUAGCAGAGACUAAGAAAAUUUUCAAGCUUGAAAACCUUGCCAAUGAAGACUCUGUGAGAGUGCUGAGAGAAAAAGUUAGCAUCAGGAUGCCAAGAGGAAAUGUAGAGAGAGACAUUGAAGAAGAAUGGGACUUCAUGAAAGAAAAAUUGAAUGUUUUGGCCAAGCGGGUCCUCAAGGAAAAAGACAUAUACAGGACUAGGAGGAAAAAUGCAUCGUGGUGGACUGAUGACUUAAGAAAAUCAAAAGCAGAGGUCUGGAACACAAUUGGGAAAGACCUGGAGGAUAACAUGCUAAGUACCAAACUGUUGGUGUACAGCAUGGCUCACUACGAGAAGGGUGGAUCACCGCCUUGGUACACACUUGGCGAAGAAAGUGACUCUGAUAAUACAGAAGCCAUUCCAAGGAGAUGGCAAAAGUAUUUUGAGGCUCUCCUAAAUACUGAAGAUGUUUUGAAUGACCAUGAAGCUAAUGACAACAAUGUAUCUGAGAUGGAGAUCAGCCUACAGGAGACUGAGAGAGCUAUACAGUGUAUGAAUAGUGGACUAGCACCUGGCAAUGACCAUUUGGCAGCUGAAAUAUUUCAAAGUAUUGGAACAGAUGGAGCCAAAUGGUUGAGGUAUGUCUGUAACAUUGCAUGGAAGCAGGAAAAAAUACCCAGUGACUGGAGAAAGGUAAUAAUUGCCCCAGUAUAUAAAACAGUGGAAAAUACAGAAUGUGGGAGCUACAUGGGAGUCUCUACUUUGUCUCACGGUGGCAAAGUGUACGAGAGAAUUCUUGAACAGAGACUUAGAGCACAGGUGGAGGAAAAGUUAGGUGAGUGGCAGCAUGGGUUCCGGCCUAACAGAAAUGCAGUAGACGUAAUUUUUUCCAUGAGAAUGGUGCUUGAAAAAAGCUGGGAAUGGAGGCAAAGCAAA